CGAGAAGCCGGCAAGAACGCGGAGGACGACGCGAUCAUGCGGUGGCUCGACGCGCAGCCGGCCAAGUCGGUCGUCUACGUCGCCUUGGGAAGCGAGGCGCCAAUGCGCGCCGAGCUGCUCCGCGAGCUGGCUCACGGGCUAGAGCUCGCCGGGACGCGUUUCCUCUGGGCGCUGAGGCGGCCCGUCGGCUUCCGCGGAGGAGACAGCCUCCUGCCAGACGACUUCGUGGAGCGCACCGGCGAGCGCGGGCUCGUGGCGGCACGGUGGGUUCCUCAGAUGAGCAUACUGGCGCAUGGCGCCGUGGGCGCCUUCUUGACGCACUGCGGGUGGGGUUCGGUCCUGGAGGGGCUCCAGUUCGGGCACCCUCUCAUCAUGCUCCCGAUCGCCGGUGACCAAGGCCCCAACGCGCGGCUCAUGGAGGAGAGGAAGGUCGGGGUGCUAGUGCCCAGAAACGACGAGGAUGGGUCGUUUUCCCGGGACAAUGUUGUCGGAGCUGUUCGCGCCGUCGUUGACAGUAGGGUGUUCGCCGCCAGCGCUAAGAAGUUGCAAGAGAUCGUGGCCAACAGGCAGUGCCACGAGAGGUACAUUGAUGGGUUUAUUCAGCACUUAAGAACUUGUUCGCUGCCUGCACCAUUGAUGGCGGCUUCGCUGCAGGUAACUACGGAGAAUUGCUCGCUGAUAUCGCCGCCGCCGCAGCUGCUCUCGCUGCAGGCCAUCUCGCCUAUGUCGCCGCAGGACCUGGCCGUCAACGACUUCGCUCCUGCGGAUUGGGACAAUAUGCUGCUGCAGCCUCCCCUGCCAGCAGCCUCUGCGGUCUGCGCAUGGCCUGGCUGCAACCAUUCUGGCUCCAACGAAAAUAGUCCUUGGCAGUCAAAUAACAAGAGUUGGCCGCCGCGGAGCAUUCAUCUGAAUCAAGCCUGA